AUGGCCGCUUCAUCUUCCACCACCGCCACCUUCGCCCAACGCCUCGCUGACUGGGAAAAAAAGUUUACCGAGUGCUACCGCAACGGUGAAAGCGCGUUCAACGCUGAGUUGGAGCAGCUUUACAGGGACUUGGUUCCAUUGUGUCAGGAGCAUGUCAGGGACGCCGCCCGCUUCCGGCUCAUUGACUAUGUUGCGAGCCCCGUUGUCUACUCGUACAAAGUCAUCCAGGGCAAGGACGGCGAGAACAUCUACAGGUUUGAGGUCGACUGGGCGACGCUCAAACAUCAAGUCGCCAACUUCAAGGCCUACCAGGAAGGCCAGGAGGCACAGAGGAAGAGGAGGGAGGAGGAGGAGCAAGAGAAGAGGAGGGAGAAGGAGGAGCAAGAGGAGGAGGAGAGGCAGAGGGUGGAGGAGAGGAGGAAGAGGGAGGUGAGGAGGAAGAGGGAGGAGAAGAAGAAGAGGGAGGAGGAAGAGGAGAGGCAGAGGGAGGAGGAGGAGGAGAGGCAGAGGGAGGAGGAGAGGAGGAAGAGGGAGGAAGAGAAGCAGAAGGUGGAGGAGAGGAGAAAGGAUGAGAGGAGGAAGAGGGAGCAGGAGAGGAGGACCAGGGAGCAGGAGAGGCAGAAGGCGGAGGAGAGGAGGAAGAGGGAGCAGGAGCAGGAGCAGGAGCAGGAGCAGGAGACAGACGAGGAGAGGAACAAGGAGGAGACGGAGAAGAGACAGGCCGAGAAGGGCAAGGGCAAGGCAGUCGAACCCCCGGUGGAAGACGGACCCGUGACAGACGCCCACAAAGACAAGGGCAAACGGAAAGCGGCGGACCCCGUGGAGUCCAUUCAGUUGGCUCCAGCGGAUUACAGGGGCCCACGGACAAAGAAGGGGGAAAUCAUUCCCCACAUUACCGCCUCCAACAUGCCCGGUCACCCAGCGUACAGGGAGAAGCUGGAAAGAUUGGCGAAGUCCAAGCAGGGGAAAUUCAGGAGCAAGGCGAUCAUAGGAAGCCACACGGACGAAGACGCGGACGCGGACGUCGACGAGGACGACGAAGGCGAUAACAAAGGGGCACCGCCUACCACCCCCACUGCCACCCCCACCCGGAAGAUGCGCACGCGUUCCGUAAAGAAGGACGCCGAGGACGAUGUCCCCCCCAUCAGGAAGGCGCGGUCGAGAUCCCAGAAAGUGCGCCAGGUGCCAGAGGGGAUGGUGGACAUGGUGGAAAGGUGCACGGCAUGCAUCAAAUUCAAGGUGCCAUGCUAUGUCAAGGGGGAGACAGGCACUGAGCCUCUUGUCCCCGUGAAGCACCAAUCUUGCGAGUCUUGCAAGUCUCGCAAGAUCCACUGCAGCUUCUACCCGGGGCGCAACACCUUCGUGGGUCAAUUUUUGAUGACGCCACUGGGAAGCUAUGGGGAGGCGUUGAAGUUGGAGGAGGGAGAAGAUGUUCCGGCGAAGGGGAAGGCCGGGGAAGGGUCGUUCCCCGAGGAUGUGGGAGAACUGCUUGUGCAGCUCUUUGAGCGCCAAGGCAGAAUCAUGGAACGGCUGGACGGGUUAUCCGCGUCCAUAACGGCGAUUAAUGCACGGAUUGCGACGUUUGCCGAGACGAACUUGGCGGUGGAGAACAGGAUGAAGAGCAUCGAGGACGGCAUCCAAGAGGUGAAGGCCGAAUGGACCAUGGCCAAAGAACAAGUGGCAGGAAGCACCUCGCUUUCCGUCACGAUGUUCAACGACAUCACCAAGAGGAUCAACCACGUCCGAGAUGUGGUCGACGAUUUGCUGGAGCAGGAUGAACAAAGGAAUCCCGCCCCCAAACAGGCAGCAGGACCCUCCAAGACGGAGGUCGAACAAGAAUCGGGUCCGUCGUGGACCCGUGAACCCACCUCUGUGCCACAAUCCCCAAGCGCACCACCACCGCCAGCACCCCUCCCUUCCCCACCUCCACCUCCAGCAGCACCCAUUCUCCCUUCCCCUCCUCCACCACCGCCAGCACCUGUCCUCCCUUCCCCUCCCCCACCUCCACCCGCACCCGUCCUCCCUGCCGUGUCUGCGCCACCAACAGCGCUAUUCUUGCCCGGUUCGACUCCGGAAGCGCCUUCGCCCCCCCCAGCUGGCCGACCCUCGCUCCCACCGGUACCACCCAUCCUUUCCCUGUCUCCACCACCCCCUCUCCCAGCUCCACGUCCUCGAAGUUCGACGUCAAAGGCCGCACCGUUGUCAAAGGGUGCACCAUCGUCAAAGGCCGCGCCAUCGUCAAAGGCCGGCCCAUCCUCAAAGGCUAAGCCAUUGUCAAAGGCUAAGCCAUCCUCCAAGGCUGGGCCAUCCGGGAAUGGACACUCAUCGGAGUUGUCUGAUCCCUCGGACAGCGACGAGGUUGAAAUUGUGGAGGAGGAGGAUGUUGAGAUCGUGGCGUCCACGCUGCCCGCGUCGAACAUAGCCACAAAGACAAGGGCUGGACGAAAGCGAAAGGCGGAAACGACUCUGGCUGAAGCAUCGCGCUCGCCCAAAAAAUCCAAGGCCCAAAAAAAGUAG